GACGACAACGAUGGUGCACAAGAUGAUGCUGGUGCGGGUGGCGGUGUUGGCCAUCGUGGCGGCGGCGGCGGCGGCGGAAACGACGAUCAACACUGUGCCUGAGAUUGCCAAGGGUGGUGAGACGGCGUUUUUUGACUCAAAGGUCUUUACUGGCCUGCUUUUGGGCGACUGGGGCGGAACCAACAAGAGCCCGUACACCGAGCCCGGACAGGUGGCUUGCGCAGCAAGCCUGGGCGAGGUUGCUGCCAAUCUCGAUGCCGAUAUUGCCCUCCUUCUUGGCGACAACUUUUACGACUCUGGUGUGCAUGGCGAUGAGCACGACGCUCGCUUCGAGGAAACGUUUGAGAACGUCUACACCGCCGACAGCCUGCAAGAUAUUCCCUUUUACGUGGUGGCCGGCAACCAUGAUUGGCUCGGCAAUGUAUCGGCUCAGAUCGGCUACAGCACGCUAAGCGCGCGCUGGAUCUUUCCCUACUAUUUCUACACGCGAAGCUUUUCGUGGCCCGGAGAGACGCGCAACGUGACAAUGGACAUUGUGUUCAUCGACACCAUCUUGCUCUCGGGCAACUCUGAUCUCUUGGAAGACAAGUUUGGCGAGCUCCAAGGACCGGCUGAUCCUGUCAUGGCGGAGACGCAGUGGGCCUUUAUCGAAGCUGCGCUCAACUCCUCGCAGGCCGAUUAUCUCUUCACUGCAGGCCAUUACCCCGUAUGGAGUGGCUGCCAGCAUGGUCCGACCCUGUCACUUGUGCGCAAGCUCAAACCCAUGCUGGAACAAUACAAGGCCACCGGUCAUUUGGCAGGCCAUGAUCACUGCUUGCAAUACAUUGACGAGGGCAAGGGCCCUGUUUAUCCUCAAUCUGGUGCUGGCGACAACUGCUGCUACCACAACAAGCACGAAAAGUCGUGCCCCAAGGGCUCGAUCAAAUUCAACAUGUGGAACGACGGCUCAGGCUCGCCGAUCGAGGGCGGCUAUGCCACCUUCACCGCCACAGAGGCGGAGGUCAAGUUUCAGUUUUACGCGGCCAACGGAACCGUCCUCUUUGAAUCGCCUCCCGUUUUGCCUCGCGAACUCUAAAUGUUUAGAUGGGUCCUUCCAGAGCCACUCAUUUUAGAGCUGCACCCCCCUCUCGUGCGGCACAGCUCUUGAUUGCUUUGCCACCCUCUCAGAUCAAUCAAUCCAUUGCUCUG